CCUAAAAAUCCCACCAAAACAUUUCCCUCUCUGUUUCCACCCCUUUUCCUCCAAAAGAAAAAGGAAGAAAAAUGUCUUCUCUCCCUCUCCUCCUCUGCUUCUUCUUCUUUACCUCCUUCGUCCCGCUCUUUACUGCCCUCACUUCCUCCCCUUACCUUUCCCCCACGAUCCUCCCACAGAAUUACCAGAAAAUGCUAAAGAACUUCAAAAUUUACGUUUACCCCCCGCCGGAAACGCUGUCGUUUGACUCCAAAGUCGAAGCCCUCUUUUACUCUUCUCUCCUCCACAGUCCCUUCACUACUCAAAACCCCGAAGAAGCCCAUUUGUUCUUCCUCCCCUUCUCUUUCCACUCCGACCUUUCGCCACGCUCCGCCGCGCGCGUUGUCGGAGAUUAUCGUACGGAAUUUAUUUACUGGAACCGGACUCUCGGAGCUGAUCAUUUUUUCCUUUCUUGUUCGGGUGUCGGCCAUGGCUCGGACCGGAAUGUGGUCGAGUUGAAGAAAAACUCGGUUCAGGUCUCGUGUUUCCCGACGACGCCCGGGUUGUUUAUUCCUCAUAAGGAUGUUAGUUUACCCCCACUUGCUAACGUUCACGCUCCAACUCACGCUCCGGGAAGCAAGAGUACGAGUCAUUUGGCUUACGUGAGGUAUAAUUGGGUGAAAGAGUCGAACCUGGUGGAACAGCUUUUAGCUGAUCCCGAGAUUUUGGUUGAAUCUGAGCCGUCGGAUCAGAUGACUUACGAGGAAAGACUUGCCGGGAGUAAGUUCUGUUUGUUCGAGUACGGGCCGGAGAUAUCGGGGAUUGGCGAAGCAAUGAGUUUCGGUUGCGUGCCUGUGGUGAUCACCGACCGUCCAGUCCAGGACAUGCCGUCGAUGGAUUUGCUGACGUGGCGACAUAUCGCCGUGUUCGUGGGGACAAGCGGCGGGGCCAGGGAGAUCAAGAGGGUAUUGGGACGCGUCGUGGUGGAAGGGUACGAGGAUAUGAGCGGAUCCGCUGUGGUGGCGAGUAAGCAUUUUGUGUGGAACGAGACCCCGCAGCCGUACGAUGCGUUUCACAUGGUAAUGUAUCAGCUCUGGCUGAGAAGGCAUACCAUCAGAUAUGCGGAGAGAGAAUGGGCUUAAAGGAUUAAGGAUUUAAAGUGUUUGUAGCCCGUUGAUUUAUUUGUUGACUUCAGAACUUUCUACGGUGGUGAUCACGUAAUUCUUAUAUCUGUGUUUUUUUUUUUGGUGUUGUAAACUAUAAUUUUGGCUGGUUAAUACAAAUUAGUAUUAAUAACAUUUUAUAAA